GCGUGACGAUCGAAGUGACUCUCUGAGAGAAAUGGCACGUACCAAGCAGACUGCUCGUAAAUCCACCGGUGGGAAGGCCCCCCGAAAGCAGUUGGCUACCAAGGCAGCUCGUAAGAGUGCGCCUGCUACUGGUGGAGUGAAGAAACCUCAUCGUUAUAGGCCUGGAACGGUGGCUCUUCGUGAGAUCCGUCGUUACCAGAAGAGCACGGAACUCUUGAUCCGCAAAUUGCCUUUCCAGCGUCUUGUUCGUGAAAUCGCUCAGGACUUCAAGACUGAUCUUCGUUUCCAGAGCUCGGCUGUGAUGGCCCUUCAAGAAGCCAGCGAGGCUUACCUCGUUGGUUUGUUUGAAGAUACCAACCUUUGCGCUAUCCACGCCAAGCGAGUCACCAUCAUGCCGAAGGAUAUUCAGCUUGCACGUCGUAUCCGUGGAGAACGUGCUUAAUUAAAAACAUUUCAAUCGGCCCUUUUCAGGGCCACCAAUUUCUCAUUCGAUGAAUAUCUCAUUCGCAAUGAAUCAUGAAAUUCAUGUU